AUGGAAUUCAUGUUCCUUGCCUAUCCCUCCCAGUCAGAGCCGUGCGCCUUGGCCUUCCUUGGGGCCAGCCUGGUUUAUAUAUGGGUCAUCACCGGGAACGUCCUCAUUAUGGUGGCCAUCCAGGCCAAAGCCCGCCUCCACACGCCCAUGUACUAUUUCCUGGGCAGCCUCUCUGGAGUAGAAAUCGACUACACAGCUGCAGUGGUGCCCCACCUCCUGGCCAACACCCUGCAGGCAGAGAAGACCAUCACCCUGCUGGGCUGGGCCACUCAGAUGGGCUUCUUCAUCGGACUGGGCGGUGCCGACUGCCUCCUCUUGGCCUCCAUGGCUUUCUGA